ACAAAUUAAAUUAAAUUGGAUAGUUUAUGAAAACUCAUAAUUAUCCUUUAGAUGUUUAAAUUAAGAAAUAUUUUUGUUGUUUUGAAAAAGAAAACGAAAACAAUAAUAAAAAAAUUAUAGAGCCAGAACUGGAGCAUGUGGUUGGUCUUACCAGCUGCUGCUGCAUCUAGGUUGCUUGAGAGUAAGUACUUCAUGUUUAGGUGUCAACAUUUAAUAAAAGCAAAAUCCAUUAUGGACAGAAAAUACAAAAACAAACUUACGUGUCACUAAAAGCCAAUGGCGCGCUUAUUCGUUUCUCAAAAACGACAACGUUUUAUUUCACUCUCUUCUCUUAUCCUUUCCCAUCAAAACGAUCUAGGGCUUCUGGUCGUUUUGGUCUGUGUGCACUACAAACAAACAGAGCACAGCACAGCCAUUUCUUUUUCUUCUUCUGAAUUAACUCAACAAGAAGAACCAACCUCAAACUUCCUUCCGUACAGCCUCAGAGGAACAGAAGAACAGGUGGGUUGGUGCAAGGAUGCUAAUAGCAAUAGCAUUCUGACAAAGAUACCUGGCGAAGGUAUGGAUCGAGAUCAGACAGAAUCUGUGUCACAAAUGAAAGCAAUAGUGUCGACAAUUGUGACUAAACAAGUUAAAAUUGCGACUACUCGGCAUUGUGAAUCAGUUAGGGAUGGAGUUGAUGAAGAGACAGUGGAGAGUGUGAUCCCUAAAGAUAGGGAUGCUGAAGGGAGUGAAAAUAUAUUUUUAGAAAAUGAUACACAUGAGCAGCCAAAAGCUGAAGGCUCCUCUUCUUCUGAAGCUAGCUUUGGAGCUUGGAUGAGCUCUAGAGUAGACUUUGAGGCUUUGGGUAUUCCUAAUCCUCCUUCCUGGACCAUUCAUAUGGUGGAUGAUGCUGGCGUUAUCAAAGAUGUCCAAAUCCCAAGGGCACCUGCAGGCGUUGUGGUAGAAGGCCUGCCUCUAUCAUCAUAUUUGCCGGAACCUCACAAGACUGCAUUUGAGUAUCUCUUAGAGCUUAUUGCUGCUUUGAAGCAUAUGGUUUCACCAAGACAGGAGACUCAGAAUGGAGCUGGAUAACAAUAUAAAAGCUUACCAUUGUCGAUUGCUGCUAACAAAAUAACAGGAUAUGUAUUAACUCCUUAUGUUUUGGAAGCUGUUGCAAUCGCUUACAGUAUUCAUUGUUAAAAGAAUGAGUAGAUCAUAGUUUCAAGAAUUGGCUCAUUGCCCUUGAAUGAACAUCUUAUCUAGAAAUUCUGCUUCUUUGUAUAUGAUUUUUGUGCAAAAAUGUAUUGGAAAGAUAGAAAAGAAAUGUAAUUGUCUAUGCUACUUGAAAGACCAAAUUUGCCUAGUUACUAGAUCAGAUUACCAAGUUUAUUGAUGUUAA